CUAACCCAGAAGUUGGAAAGCAGGCUGUCGAGCUGGUCAAUGCAGGCCUGGGUACAACUUCAAGGUUGCAGGUUGAAGCUAGUUUGGUGAUUGAAAGGAGGACGCGUUUGCAGCUGCAGACGUACAGCGGGUGCGAGAACGUCUUUGAAAAGAAAGGCACUGGAUGAUUCUGCCAGACAAAAAGGAUGCAAGCAGUGUCAAGCCGCACGCUCAAGCUCCUUCCUCGCACUCAGAUUGGGGACGAUGGUAGACUUUCUACCAUCACACGCCUUCCCCUUGUCCCAAUUCAAAGAGCUGAAGGUCGUAAAGGCAAGCUUAGGAAGACCAGCGUAGUUGCAUGCAUUGGGUCCAAGCCUGAGAGCGCAGUCCGAGCCCCUGGAUACAAACCACAGAAGCUGAGUGUUUCGGGUGAUGCACAGCAUCUUCACCAAUCAAAGAUGGUCUUUGGUGACUCGCAUACUACGCAUUCCAGGCGUUCCUCGGUCCGAGCAGCAGCCGCAGAUCUCGAGGGGAGACCUGACAAAAGCAUGACAGCCACAGGUUCUGUCAUUCCGGCCGUGGCAAUUGCGUGUCUGGGCGCUCUCUUAUUUGGCUACCAUUUGGGGGUUGUCAAUGGGGCCCUUGAUUACAUGUCAGGCGAGCUAGGAUUCCGAGGAAACACUGCCAUCUCUGGGUUAGUGGUGAGCAUUACUUUGGCGGGCGCAGCGUUGGGCUCUGUGGUGGGGGGGAACUUUGCGGAAAAGUUUGGAAGGACCCGGGCCCUGCAAAUCAAUGUUCUACCCCUGGUCGUUGGAGCAUUUGUAUGUGCCACUGCCGGGUCUACCUCAAUGAUUAUCGCUGGACGGCUGAUCUGUGGAAUCGGCAUCGGUCUGUCAUCAACUCUUGUGCCCUUGUACAUAUCUGAGGUUUCCCCUCCCAACAUCAGAGGGGCUCUGGGGUCCGUCAACCAACUAGCAAUCUGCAUAGGCAUUCUCGGUGCUCUUCUGGCCGGCCUUCCUCUGAGCGAGAAUCCGGGCUGGUGGCGAACCAUGUUCGGGAUUGCCGUCAUCCCUGCGGUGCUUUUGGGCGUCGGCAUGGCGUGGGCCCCAGAAAGCCCGAGCUGGCUGUUCAAGCACGGACGAUCAGCGGACGCUGAAGCUGCUGUCCGAAAGUUGUGGGGCGCUGCGGAUGCUGCUGGCACAAUUGCGGAGCUGAAAGACAGCGCACUUGCGGGCAAAGGGGAAGAGGAGGCGGGGUGGGGAGACCUGUUCAGCAAGCGGUACAGGAAAGUGACGCUCAUCGCGUGCGCGCUGUUCCUGCUGCAACAAUUCUCGGGCAUCAACGCGGUCGUCUACUUCAGCACGACGGUGUUCCGCAAGGCGGGCGUCGCGUCCGACAUUGCCGCGAGCGCGCUGGUGGGCGCGGCCAACGUGUUCGGCACGGUCGCGGCCUCGGCGAUGAUGGACUCGCAAGGCCGGAAGAAGCUGCUGCAGUCGAGCUUCCUGGGCCAGGCUGCCAUGAUGAUCCUGCUCGCUGCCGGCCUGACCCUGCCAGCCUUGGAGGCGUACUCGGGUACCAUCGCCGUUGUUGGAACUGUCCUGUACGUGCUUGCGUUCUCCUUUGGAGUCGGUCCGGUGCCGGGGCUGCUGGCGGGGGAGAUCUUGCCAGCCAGGAUACGAGCCAAGGGCGUCUCUCUGGCUCUCUUCACUCACUGGGCUUGCAACUUCUUCAUCGGACUAACGUUCUUGGCACUGGUCAACAAGUUCAGCAUCGGACAGGUCUACCUCGGGUUUGCAGUCGUGUGCAUUGCGGCGGCUUCGUUCGUGUCGAGAUUCGUCGUGGAAACGAAAGGCAGGUCGCUUGAAGACAUCGAAAAGCUAAUGGCUUCAAAUGUUUGAGAGGGAGUCUUGAGAACCGGCUAGCGCUGUUGACCCUUAAAGAAUCUGUCCUAACCUUCCCAGUUGCGCGCUCGUAGAGCACAAGGCCGUUGCAGAGUAAAGGUUUGGCAACCCCUCCUUACGGGGAGCUAUUGACUUAAUGUUCGCGAGAAACCUCCAACAGCAGAUCAAACGAGUAUAUGUUUACUACGAUCGACUUGAAGCUUCUUGCAGCAUGAUGGUACAUGGUUCAAGUGCAUAAGAACAAACAUGCAGG